AAAAAGAAAACCAUCUGGUUCUGACAAAAUCAGAAUCUGACUUCAAGGAUUUCAAGGCUAUAAGGGAACUACUUUGUAAACAUAAUAUCAACCUACACGAUUUAUAUACUGAUCCAUUGGCUUAUAAGGACUAUACUGCAGCAAUUGCGUAGACAAAACAAAUAGAGUCGGAACAAUUGGAAAUCUAGAAUGAGUGCAAUAACUGACGAAUACCUGAAGAAUCAAAUUGCUUCAGAACCAUGGCCUAAAACAGCUUAUCUCUAUCAACCGUACGAAGAGGGUCAGAUUCUGUUGGCCGAAAACGCCAGUUGCUUGGCAGUACGUACUUAUCUUACGAUGUUGGAGCUACCGUUCAAGGUUGAACAACGGGCUAAUGCAGAAUUCAUUUCCCCGGGGGGCAAGCGAACAAAACUGCCUGUUUUGCGGGUGGAAAACUACACAUACGCCGAGUUUGAACCUAUUCUUAGCUUUGUCGAGCAGAAAAAAUUGACAUUGACCGAAGCUUUGUCAGCCGAGGAUAAGGACGAUAUCCGUACCUACCUUUGUUUAGUGGAACAAAUUUUUACUAAUGCAGAGCAAUACAUCAGCUGGUUGGAUCCAAAAGUGCUAAACGAAAUAACCAAACAACGUAACGGUUGCGUUUAUCCUUUUCCACUAAAUCACAUUCAAAACUGGCGCAAGGAACGAUCAGUGCGCCGCCAGCUAAGUGUGGCGGAAUUUUUAACUCUGAAACUUGAGGAAGUUGUUCAAAGGGUAGACAAGCUGUGCGAAUCUCUCAGUAUGAAAUUGGGGAAGCAACUCUAUUUCUACGGCGAUGAGCCCACUGAAUUGGAUGCGUUGGUGUUCGGACAUUUGUUUAGUAUUUUUACAAUGACCCUGCCAAACAAUGUACUGGCUGAAACCAUCAACAACCACAAAAACUUAACAAUUUUCUGUAAAAAUGUAGAAGAGAAGUACUUUAAAAAAUCUGCCAGUACCGCCAAAAAGGCCUAGACAGCACCAUUUCUAAUUGUAGUUGUUUUAGAAGCAUCAAAUAAACCUGUUUGUUUUCAAGCUGUUUC